AUGCGAGUUCGUUCUGGUGACAAGCGCAAACGGGUACAGAGAUGCGAGAAUGAGUCAGCGCAGACUCUAGAGGAGAAGUAUCAAUUCGAGCAUGUCACAGAAGCUGCAGAUUUUCUUAUGAGAUUAGGAGAUGUUGGUGUUUACAGUAAGACUAAUGAGGAGUUCAUUUCUGAAAAAAAAGCUCUGGAGACGCGAGCACCUCGCGCAACCGAGAGAAGGACGGACUUGUAA